AACAUUUCAAUUCCAACAGCGUCCUUUCUUGCUCUCAAACGCCCCAUUUGUCUUCAGUUCCUGUGCUAUUCCUUUAUGAAUUAAACCACAACAUUUAGAACUAAUUAACUUUUUCCUGUAGCUGAGUUCCAGAGCUCUUAAAAUGAAAAAUAAAAAAAGUAAAUAAAUCUGGUCAGGGGCCCAUAUCUUAACUUCUUUAACAUAACUAGAUCCUCAAAUGACUUCAUCAGUUUCCCAUCACAGCACAUUGAAAAAGCAAGACACCGCAGGGAAUUGAACCCUGUCCCAACAGAGUCAGGAGUGCCACCACCGGAGUCUUUUGCUUUUUUUGUUGUUGCUGUAUUAAAAAGGGCAAAAGCAAAACCUGGAGGAACAAAUUUGUUCCUCCAGGAAAAGAAAGCCCGUGAACACCUGGCUGCUACAUUAUCUUGUCACCACAUGGGGGAUUUCUCUUGGUCACGAGGCUGAAACUAGAAGAAAGAGACAACUGGUUUCCCCCAAUCCCCAGCAUUUCCCAGAACGACACUGUAUUGUUGCAUGACCGAUUCCACUGUAUCCAUAUUUAACAAACCCAGGAGACCAGCAUCUCUGGUGAUACUCAAAGCCUUUGACAGGACUCACAGGUCAAACGAACUGCCAAGUUUACAGCUGUAACGGAAAAAAGAGAGACAGGACAAUUUAAGCUGCCCCAACCCCCUCCCACAUUAACCCCACACUUGUACCAAAUGCUCAUCCAAUAUGACAAAUUAUGCCAAUAUGGUUGUUUACCGCGUAACAGUAUGUACCAGCUAUUCUUCCUCAGUGAUACUCAAUUCUUCAAAGUAUUUAAGGUUUUACCCCUAGAGGCUGGUUGUACCAAGUCAUCCAAUGACUCCCUGCAGAGGUUUAAGUCGCCUGGCUCAGUAGCAAGUUAAGCUGAGUGAGAAAUCUGAAAGGAAGAGAGAAGAAUGUUGCCCCACCCCCCCAAAAAUCCCUGACCAAACACUACUGCAAUGUUUUGACAACGACUUCAUGAACACUAUGUUGUGCGCAUUACGUAUAAAAUGUUAUGUAGAGCUGAUGUGCAUGCAACAUGUUGAGUUACACAUUAAAGCCAUGAUAUGUUAAAGAAAAAAAUCAAGGGAACCAAAAUUACUUAACUUAGCACCCAUGAGACUGAAGUGAUGCAGUAUUAGCGAGACAAGCUUGCAGCUCUUGAUCUUAAUGUGACUGGAUUCUCAGUGUUCCAUCACAGGUUAGGCCAUCCCAGAUGCCAAAUAAAAGACAAUCGUUUUAGGAAAUUUGACCUGAGAAACCAAAGGGAAAAGAAAAAAAGGCACACACACAAACACACAGAGAGCGGGGCUUCUGCGAAGGACGUCAGGGGGGGGUUCAGAUUUAAGCUCAAGCGCACAGAGGGGGGGGAGGGUUGGUACUUCAUUCAGGGGCCACACUCAUAUUCGCUGACAGCUUCCACAGAUGGCUUUGCAUUCAGAGGCAGGCGAGAUCGGAGUGGACAGACGAAAAUGAUCUGAAACAAAGAGUGAUCUACACAACACACCCACCACACAAUACUCAAAGAUUCGAGUUCUACUCAUCUUAUGGGUUUUAAGAUGCAAAGCAACAGGGCCCCUUGGCCAAAGAGGAAUAUGCUAGUAAAGCAUUAUUGUUACUGAUGAUUUGAGGUUAACAUAAAGCCAGUUCCAAGAUGUCAUUUUGUCAACUACAUUACAGAAGUUUAAUUUGACAAAUUAAGCCAACAUCUUACUACACACUCCAGGUUAGAUGACUUCACUCGUGCUUGAACCAGUCUUGCACUCUGAUUUCUGUGAAGAGAAGUGCAGGGAUACGCCCAACCAAAACCAAUGCACAAUAAACUACAGCAACACAUUUGCGCUGCAUGUCAGACCAAAUUAAAGCUGCACCAUGCACAGCUUUCCUCAGCUACUUAAUUUGUGAAAACUUUCGCACAGUUGCGCGAUUGCAAAUUAUUGAAGACAACAUACUGACCUGCCGCUUACACAGUUGCGCAAGGGCUAGCAGCUGAGGACUAAUUACUCCCAUCUACAUACAUAAAACACAACCUGACUCCAUUUGUUCAAACUGCAUGUUGGUUGAUUUCAAGGGCAUGAUGAUUCCUGUGUUGUCCUAGUAGAUAGCAUUCUUCUUUUGGACUGUUCUGUAAGAUCAAAAAGGCAGACAAGAAACACCCCUAUGCCCCCCCACAGUAUCGUAGAACUGACUAUUGUUAUCCUUACCCAAAUGCUUUACUGCAGAUAACGUCAGAAUCAAUGAAGGUCCAUCAAAUCUUCCCGUUAUCACAAGAGACUCUUGUAAGAAAGCACAACAGUGCUAUUUCUACUGUCAAGUAUAGCAAGUUGCUUUCAUUUCGAGAACAGGGCAGUUGAACCGAUUCAAGAUAAGUGACCGUUCUAGGGUUGAGAAUUUUCUGCUUUCCAACAUCAAUAUUUGAUGGAUUCAACUUAUCUGCCUUCACUUUCCACUUUGAAAAGGAUGUCAUUCGAGCCCAGGUCACAUCCGUGCGCUACAAAGCUCCAAGCUUUAGUCAUACCUGAAAAAGCACAAGAAAAGCUCCCCCACACAAGCCCCCAAAAAGAACAAAUGCAUACCAAAACUGUAUUCAAUCACAACAAGCUAUGCAUUUAUUAUGCAGUAAGAAAAUCCUUUACAGAUAGUUCACUCAUUGUAUUGUCAAUACAAGGCAUAGUAACUAAUUGCAAAGGAAUUGCAAUGGAGGCAUUUUGCCAGACAAUGAAUGUUAAAGAUAAUGUGAACACAUUUAGUGACCUUACGUGAUGCUCGCUGCGCAAGGAAACUUGAACAUACAAUGAGUUAGGAGAGUUCCUGAUGGUCUCGGGUAUUGGAAAGCGCACAGGACACAGCACACUGAAAAAAUGCAAAGGAAAAAGCCUCUCCCACAAUACCCCUCCCCAAAUACAAUGAAGCAGUACAGAACUACAACACAAUUACUGGCAUUACAGCAAUUAGAAGUAAAUCUGCCUUAGUAAAGGACACAACUGAAUGACUAUGAAUACAAUUCACAAAUGAAAUCAAACUACUUUCCAGAAGAAGCAUUUAAAUACCGCAGGCCUGAACGCGAAGGAUUCCUUCCUUAUGAACUGAAGACUUGGACUUGAAUGGAGAAUUUUGAAGGGCGGGCCAUUUAACUUUAUAUCUGCAAGAGUCACAAAUACAAAGCCCCCUCCCAACCCCACAAAGCAACUUGCAGCCUGUACAGAAUUACAAUGACUUCUAGUAAAGAGACUUGUUACCGCACUCCCUGGGAAAAUAGAGCUUCUUGCUACACCAGGAGGCUAUUUUUGAGGUUGCUAUCCUGCGAGGCAAAGUGUCCACUUGAAUCUUGUUGGUUGCACCUGGAUGUUUCCUAUUCAAGCCGUUUUGCGUUGGGUAACAAGGAGCUGUGAAGUCUAGGAAGAGACUGAUUAACGCCCCACAACCCACCCUCCCAUUACCCAAGAUAUGUGCAUCAAACCCCAUUUACAACACCUUCCAAAUAGUGUAGAAUUGAUACAUAGUGAAUCUAAUGGACUUAUUGAACAAUACCAAAUACCUUCCUACAUCUCUUAAAACCGCAGUUGAUGCACAUGAUCCCGAUCCAUAGCACUACAGUAAAUAAGAUGAGCUCAACCGAGCGGCUAGCACAGGGGGGUUCUUUCGAUGGGUCACCUUUAGGGGGCCAAGCCUGUGAAAAGAAGAACUCGAAACACGUUUUAGGUACCCACCCCCCACCCCUUAACCCAAAAUUCUUUUGUAGUCAGGGUCAAAUACUACUUCAAUACAUUUUUUUGAUUGCAAAACUACUGUAUACUAUACAGCAUAGGCAAUGAUGACUUGAUGUACAGGAUAGUUACACCCACAUGUACAUUUCAUGCAUUAACUCACUGCUCGGGAUAAGAGGUAGAUGUAGCUGAUUUGUACCAAUGAGGCGCUGCUGAAGCACUGAAGGGUUGCUGUAUACACUCAAUCGGCCGCACAGGAGACCAUCCACUCUCACACUCCAAUGCUGAAAACUUCUCUGGGGUAGACCUAUUGAACAACAAAGGACUGCCUCUCCCUCCGGCUGGGCAACUACUUCUGAUUGCAGGGGGUAGAGAAGUCCCGAUAAGACGUUCCUCUCGCCAGCACACUACCAAGGCAUUCAUGACAGCAGACACCACCACACUCAUGUCAGCGCACAACAGGAGGGGUGACCACGGUACGAAACACUUUACACGGCUUGCCUGAAAAAGGGAAGAGAGAACUGUGCGAGAAAUUGUGUUCUACAACAGUUGCUACUAGAAAGUAGUUAAAAUAACUAAGUGCCUGAGAAUGUUACAGAGAUACCUCAACCCAAAAUACAAACCAAUCCCUUGCUUUUAACUUGAGAAGCUAGAAGACACUUGUGCGCCCCGUCCCACCCUCUCAUCACUGGCUGGCUUGCUCGCUCGCUCUGGAACUGCUGCAACUGCGUCAGUGAUGGCCACUCUGCGCUGCUACCCUGCCCUGCGCCUCUGGCUCCAUCUGGUGUACCCUCGAUGACUGCUGUUGCUGCUGCCUGCUCUUUUGGGCCCCCUCUGAUCCUCCCUCCAUGCCCUCUGGUCCUGUACUGCCUGGCUCCACUCUGGUCCUGUCCUGUCUGGCUCCACUCUGGUCCUCCCCGUGUCCCACGGCCUCGCUCCUCGCUGGUCCUGCGAUCUUCCUCUAAUAACUAAGUCCAUUCUUCCUCACAAUAACUAAGUCCAUUCCUCCCCACGAUAACUCAGUCCAUUUCCCCCGAAAAAAAAAAAAAAAAAAAAUCUUCUGUCUUCACUAAAGUAAAAUAAAAAAAAUAUUUUUUUUUUUUUUUUUUUUUUUAAAGUUGACAACUGAAAAUGAAAUCCAUACAGAAACAUCUAGCCUGUGGUUCCUUGAGCUACAGCUAGGGCUCUGGUAAUAUAAGCUGUGAUUUCUUCCAAGCUGCUUUCUAAAUCUGACUUUUUCCUCGGUUAUUUCUUUGGUCAAAGCAAAGGUGAUCACUUUCAAUUUUGAACGUUAUUAAGGCAAACGCAUAAUGCAUAAUGCCUGACACAAAGCCACUGAGUAGAACUCAAGUAAUUUAAAAAAAAAAAAAAAAAAAAAAAAAAAAAAAAAAAACUGCUUGAUUGCAUUCAAGGUUUUCUUCGCCCAAACUAGACUUAAGAUUGAGACCAGAACCUGGUCCGCGAUUUUAAAUAAACAAAAUACUGAUUUGCUUCUUUGGUUAUUAGCAGAAAUAAUCUUGCUUCCUUUUAUAGAAAAAUUAGGUUUAACCCUUUUCUCUUCAGUCUACAUCAUUGACGUCCUCUAUUUAGUCCGAGACUGGUGCCUCUGCACUCAAUUGUUCAUAACUUAUUCAAUGAUAUUUGAAUUGGAUCUGAUGUUAACAUCUGUUUAAAUAAUUAAAAUGUUUUCUCGUUUUGUUUCUCUAUUCAUAACAGAGCUGCUCUGAAUACUCGUAACUUUCUGAUCUUCUGUUUUUUAAGAUUGUCUGCCCCUUCUUGUCUUCGCCUCGUCAGCAUCUGGCUUCACUGCCUUUGUUACUUUCAAAACAAUCUUGUCAGUUACAACAGUAAACCGUGAACUGCCUAUUUUGUUACUAAAUAGGUUUUUCUUCUUCUGUCGCUUUCUACCUUUCGACCUUUUACUUCGGGCUAACGAAAAAUACAAGCGGUCGGUUGGUGUAGUUUUGUUGCCAGUGCUAACGGUUGCUAACCUAGCGGCUGGUAAAAUCCUGACCACUCCCUUAUAACCUCCGUCUAGAAACACAUAAGGAAAAAGAUCGGCCAUGUGACCGCGUCAUUCAAAUUAACCAAUAGCCAACAUUUGCAGGCUGCUACGUCACGGCUCCCAUCUUGAGCCAACUGCCGUUACUAACAUGAAAAUCAGAGACUUUGAUUCGGUUCUUUAAAAAAAACAUAACGUUAAUCUUCUAUACUGAUAACUGUUUAGGCGCUAUUUUGACUGUUUGUUCACAGUACGACCACAGUAAUAUGCUAACAACGUUGACAUUAACGUUAGUCUAUAUUUGGCUCGUUUAGCCUGACGUUAUCGCCAUAACUAAACAGUGACGAUUCAAAAAAAAAGAAAAGAAAAAAAGCUUCGGUUUCGAGUGAAGGCCAUUUUCACUUCAAGUUUGCCUGACGAAACUUGUCAUUUUAGUAAAAAGACUUGCUGACUCUUCAACGUAAGAUACGUAUCUUGAUAAUGAAGCUAAUGUAUUUGCCUUCGAGACAGGGCCUCAGUUAGCGCUCAUUGACUCCGAUUAAAACACGCUAAAUUCAAAUAUUUUACAAUAUCAAGCUUAGUAGAUCAAAUCUACUAUCUUCGUUCCUAAUAAUCGAAUCUUGAAGUACUAAAAAGAAAGAAAAACAAGGUCGGUUUAACCUGAGACGCCUUCUAUCGAGCCGAAUUCGUUUCAGUGCCGCUGUGUGAAGCAAAUGGCGUCACUCGCUCAUUUUAUACUGUUUGAGUGAUUCGACUACGGCAAGGGGAGGUAUUCGUCCGACGAGAAACUAGUCCCACUUUCGCACGACCCAAACGCUUGCAAAUGUUGAUUGUGGCUGUAAAAUCGAGUUCAAAAGAGCAAGCUUAACAAACUAAUUUAUGUGGGAAAAUAAAUUAUAUAUACAGUACUUUUAAACACAGCACUGUAAUAAUACACACAAAGAUACGUUCAAACUGACUUGGAAAGGCAACCAGUGAGGGGAGUUUGUGAUUUUGUUAUUAUUAGUAGUUUAAUGUAAUAUUUGAAAAUAUCUUAAACACAAACCAGUGAAGUAAAAUACAAUAAAAAGAUGUAUUUUCAACCCACUUUAGCUACACAUGAUAACAUCAAAACAGCUGACGUCACACGGAUGGCUGCGCGGCUUAAUCUUGAUAUAUGUGUAACACGGUCCUACAAACCGGAUCAAACUAGAAUGUGGUUGAAUCGCCGGAACUACUUCUCCUUUACUGCAAUGAUACGCUGUUUGUGAUUGACAAACAAUAGAAAAACAGCCAGCUCAUCUCCUUCUUUAACUUGGAUGGCUUAUGUUCAAUAAUGUGUUCUCCUAUUUUGGUAGAUUGUUUAGUAGUUUCAUUAAAAGCUGCUGGUGCUUGCUGUAUAUUUAACAAGUUUCAUAUGUAGUUAUAAACCCAUCUUUGACAGCCUUCAUUGUUAGUCUAUAGUCUUAUGGCCCAGUUCAUUCCGAACUUAUGUUCAGGUUGAUAUUGGACUUACAGUGGUAGUGUUGGCUGAAAGUACAUGAUAAAACCAGAAAUAUCUAGAAACAUCCAGAGCCAGAAAGUGUGUGGUGAUGACAGGGUGGAAAAUUACCAGUGCUGCAAAGGGAGUUGCUCCUGUUCAGCAGCAGAGGGAGCAGUGAGGAUAUGCAAUCUGUCACGUCCCUCCCAAAACAUGAAAUCUCCCUAUCCCUCCCUUUUGUUUUUAUCCGCACUAGUUUUCAACAUUGAUUACAGUAGCUACCCUGGACAAGUCUGGGCAACCUCCCUUAUGUAACUAUCCUCAUCAAAGCUCUAUGCCAUUGAUCAGCAACAGUGUGGGGGAGUUGUCCUCUGGAUGAGUUUCAGUUCCUCCCAACCUCCAUGAAUUGAUCUCUUUCAUGGUUGUUAAACAGGAUAUAGUCAGUCCACACACAUUAGAGAGAGAGGCAUCUUCUUUCAUGUGAUAACCUAGCUUAAGCUAAAACAAAGGCCUUUAAUUCUAUUGGCUGAUCAAGACCUUGGUGUGAUUUACUCAUCAAAGUCAUUAUGAAGUGUUAUAGUUCAUAAAUUAGUGUUAUAGUUUUGAAAAGUGAUUGUGUCAGUAAUGUGAAAUGUUAAAAAUACCACUGCAGUCCUCUGUCACAUGAGGCUAUGUCAUUUUAUAUCAUAAUUUGAUGUGGGGUGAAAAUCCAACCAGAAACUGUUAAUUAAUUAAAUAACCUGAGAGUUAAGUAAUUAAAUAACCCAACAAAGAGGAAUGUUUUGGCACCUCCAGCAAAUUAAAAACCUGACAAAUCAAAGUAGUUCAUCACAUUAAUGCAAACAUUUGAGAACAAUGAAAUAUGACCAAGCACUCCUGCUUAUUUGUAACAUUAACACCAAUGGUUUAAUUCAAUCAGAAAUAUUAAAGGGGAUAGCUGCCACAGUAUAACAUAAUCUCAUAAUAUCCUCUCACAGUAUAUAUGUAACCUAUAGUCAUUUCGCCCACCCCUUUUUAAUGUAAUUAUUUAGGCCUUAGCCAGAUGGUAGUUGGAAACUUUAAAAUCAAUGGGGCAACUAUGGGCAGUUCAAUAGCACCGGUGAUGCUCAUAGAUGCUUUUUGUAUAUUAAUAACAAUUGCAGUGACAAAAAAAGUUUAGAAAAAUGUCACACGAGAUUACAGGAAGGUAACAUAAACUUGAAGUGUAGUACUAAGCCACAAACGUGGGAAAAACUCCAUAUUGCAAGUUACAUCAGUGGGUUAAUUGAACCCUGUUAUAGAUCAUGUUCCAAAGGGACCGGUUCGAUUGUGUCCUGUAAAAGGACAAAGGUCUCACUCUUUCAGCUUGUUCGAUGAGCUCCCAGCUGUUACAUCAGGCGUGAUGUCAAAUCAAGCCAACAUCCAGUAAUUCAUACAUGCCUGCUCACGAGCCAUGAUUCCAUUAUUCUGCAGCCAGAUGCUGAGGGAGACAAACCUAUCCAUGCAGGUAGAUAGAUACACAAAAAUCCAACAACUGGAUGCUUUGGAGAUUUAUCCUUUGAAGAGUUCAUUGUGAGCACACUCUUUGAGGAUUAAAUUCCUUAUUAGCUAGUUUAGAAUAUUAUUCAUUAUUCAGAUAUUGUACCUAUUUUCGUGGUCAGAAUGACUGCAAACAGUCUAAAGCGAUGAUCUUUACAGCUGACAUCAACAAACAGGUUGUAGCCUUACAGAGAAAAAGAUUGCCAGAAAGACACUAGAGCUGCAGAGCAGACGAAACAGCUGAGCACCAACACGGAUCCUCAUCAGUGCCACCUGUGUAGUCAACCCAACCAAGACGGCAUCGCCAGCCUGCCACCAGGAAAGAGACAGGUGAUGGAGAAGUUUUUUAAGCCUGUUCACAGCCCCUCUGCCCCGGAUGAGAUCAAGCUGAAGAAGCACCACCACCACCACCAUCAUCAUCAUCACCAUGACCCUCAGUCACACAGGUACACAAUGUUUGAUGACACCGACAGAAAUACAGAUGAAAGCCAUGGGCACCACCGCCACCAUCAACAUGGUCACUAUGUCCAUGACAGCCCUCACCGUGACACCCACCAUCGCCAUCAAACACGGCAAUUUCACCACAGCGAAGAGGAUGAGAUACUUUACAACCACGACACUCCUGUGACUCUUUCUAGGGCCUCUUCCUCUUCUCUGUCUUCAUCCUCUUCCUCCUCCUCUUCCUCCUGGUACACAGAGGCAAGUGCAAACGAUCCCUUUUCUCUUCGUCACGCUGAGCGGCCACAGCAUUCUUUGUCCUGCUCCAACAUCUCAGAUGUGCGCAGGGGUUUCCGGGAAGAUGAUAGCAGCGAGCCUGUUGUCUUUGCCACCAUCAAACAUGGCAGCAAUGGCACUGGUUGUAGUCAGUCACAUGGGAGCUCACAACAGAGGGGAAAGUGUGGUUUUUCUCCCCUUGACCGAGGUCACAGCAGGAGUGAAGAGGGCCUUCUGCAGGGUAAUGAAAGUGAUCAGGGAGGAGAACAAUCCAGGGUACCCCACAUGAACUAUGGACCUCUGUAUAAGACAGCUAGUUUGAACCGAAGCCUGGCUUUCAGUGAGGAGGACAUUGUGUUAGGAGUCUCCAGAGGCCCAAAGAGAGCAGUGUCCUCCAGCCAGCUUCCCAGCAAAGGAAUCCUCAAGAAUAGGGACCCUCGUGGAGACAUCCGCAAGGCGAAAUCAAUGGAGGUGUUGUCCCCAAGAGUUGCUAAAGGACAAGAUCCUAGUGGACAGAAGGGGAAAGGGGUCGAUCAAGCCGUGGUAGAGCAAGCCAGGGCAAAUUUUGUGCAGGGAAAGUUGCAGUUUUCAGCCUUCCUGGAUGAGAUAACCAAACAAGUUAUAAGUCCAUCAGAUCUCAACAUCUUAGGUGUGAACAAAGAUAAAACAACCGGCAAGAGCGUUGCCUCAGCCCAAACACAUGGCCCAGUCAAGCCUCAGCUCCCACCUAAGAAGCACAGAGAGAGUUCAGGUGAGGAGAGGGAGCAGCAUCCCAAACAGCACAGCCGACAGGAGAAAGCAGCUCGCAACAGCUCUCGGAAACAAUCGGACUGCUCCAAUCCUGAUAAACUGAUCUCAUAUGGGGCUAGGAACCACCAUGGUAGCCCUCCACCUAGUCACUACCCUAACUCCGCCAGCCACAAUACUCACCAUGGUAGCAACCGUAAAGACAGGAGGCCGUCACCCACUGGCAGCUCCACGUCAGGGGACAGGUAUGGCAGGUGUGGCCCUCAUCUAACUGAUGGAACCAGCACCAGCCCUGAACCCAUCCAGCCCAAACAACGGCACCACCGCAAACACCAGACGACCACCUCUCACAGCCCACAUCCUCAUACCCAGCACUUCCCUCAGCCGCAGCCUCACCAGGCGCACCCUGGUCCUGGGCAACGAGGACUAAGCAACUCCCCUCCAUCCUCAGCCCAGGGUGCAGGACCAGGCCCCGGAUCUGAGUCUUCAUCCUGUAAAUCAGAUUCAUCCAGGACCAGAGAUACAGCCUCCACAGCUACCAGUCAUAGUUCAGAGCAGAGUGGUCGACACCAUUCGCAGCAUGUGGGGCACUCCAAACAACACAGGGACACGCUGUGUGACACUGACCACCUUCAGGCACUGCAGGAAGAGAAUGCGGAUCUUCACCAGAACUUGCUGCAGACGGUGGUCUGCAUUGAGAGCCUGGAGGCAGAGUUGCAGAGAACCAGGGACGAGCUUAGUCAUGUCAAGGAGAAGUAUAAAAGCCUUUUGGAGACACACACUGGGACCAAGCAGGCCAAUAAUCUGCUGGGGGAGCACCUGCACAUAGCGUCAGAGAGCCUGUCCAGCGAGAGGAAGUACCUGCUAAACCGCGUGUCCCAGCUGAGCUCAGAGCUGGAGGACGCCCACAGGACCAUCGCUGCCCUGGAGAACAUUAAUGUGCCGUGCUUGAUAAAGGAUUUAUUGGAGAAGCACUUUGAUUCAGCUGAGGCCAUACAGAAGUUUCUGACAACUCCCACUCCGAUCAGCCACUCUGCCACCUCUCCACAAGGAGACAACCAAUCCCAUGCUCCUAAAGUAGAAGAGACAGCACAUGAUUGGUUGACAAAAGAGGCAGGUCCACAGAGGGUCACAGCCUUCAUGCCAUUUAAACAGGGGGUGCCGACAACAGGAACUGAAGGCUGUCACUCAGGCCAGCACGAUGCCAGCCACAGCCCGCCUUUCUCUGUGGCAGCCAUCAGCACUGCAAUCUAUAAGAAAAUGGCUGACAGUUACGCUGCCAGACCACAACCUCUCUAUCCCCAAUGCCAACAGCAACCUUCCCAGGGCACUAACCAUACCGAUGCCCCCCCAAACCUCCCGCAGGCCCAUGUGGGUGGUGACAGCUGGGGUGGGAAGGGAGGGGUAGAGGUUACGCUUUUGGAGCAGGAUGUUGUGGAUGUGACCUCCAUGACAGCCCAGCAGAUCCUGGAUGAUUUCCUGCAGCAGCUGCAGGCCCAUAAGGAGGCUGGUGGAGGGAAGGAGCAGCAGGGCGGGCAGCAGUGGGCGGAACAAGCAGGCAAAGUGGCAGACUGACAGUCAUCCAACAACAUGAAUGUAUAUUCUGUCUCAGAGAAAUAUGGAAAUAUGGAGUUGCUCAUAUGUAUAUAUCAUUGCUGCUUUUUGGGCUUGUAUAUAAUGUACUUUUAGUUUAUCCAUGGAGUGUUGAGAGGAUUUCAAUAACCAGACAGAAGAAUAUUAUUUCUUGCAUAAUGUUGAAAUAUAAAGAUUGCCAUAAAUUGAAGGUACAAGAUUUUCACACCCACACGAAAAAAGGAAUUGAGAAAAGAAAACAAAGAAAAAACAUUUAACAUUGGAGUAAAUACAUUAAAAUGAUUUUAGCAAUUAAAUGAUUAAAUAUUUUAAAAUUUGAACAUGAAGUAGUAGAAAAGAUAAAUACAAUUAUAGAAAACUAUUUAAUAAAUAUGCUAUUUUUCCAUUUAGGCAGUAAUUCUAAUAGCAUGUCAUUUACUGCCUGUUCCCUGUCACCCUGUAAUUUCCUCCUAAAUGAAGAGAGAGCAUGUUGAUUACAUAUAAUGGCUUCAUUCACUGUGUCAUACAAAGUCCCUACUGUAGCAGAAUAUGGCCUCUAUGUUUAGUAGCUCCCUGUGUGGAGAGUUGAAAUGACCAAAACAUCCAACAUUAUCUAUGACAAUAGACAUCAAGUGUGAAGAUGUGAAAAAAUCUACUUAAAAAGACUUUUAAAGAAAUGUAAAAAGAAAUGAAUACAUCAUUUUUUUUGAAACAGAAACUGUUCUCCAUUUCAGUAGUGAGUUCAACAGCUACAGUUGGCCUAUUAGAUUUACUUAUACAAUGAAAGUCAAGAUUUUUGAAAACAUAAGACACCAAGGAUAUUGAAUUUUUUUAAAAAGGGUUUUGAGGUUAGCAUAAAGUGUUAUUCAACACUGUAGCCUCUUAUCAGGGAUUAUCACUUAUCACUUUUUAAAGUAAAAUACAUGUCAUGUGACGUGAUUGUGCUACCACCUACUAUAUUUCAAUAGAUGACUCUUGAAUUAGACAAAGACUGAAUGAAGUUUACAACCUUUUCAGAUCCAGUACAGUGCUUAGAGACCCUGCAAGCAAUGCAUCUCUUUUCAGACACUUGAGUGAGUUUAUAAUAGUCAACGGCAGCCUGUUGUACCAUCAAUGUCAGUGUCAAUGAGAAAAAUGUAUUUCAGCUUUUUAAAAUUUUAAAAUUCAACCGUGAGAGUAACCUCUAAAAUUUCUUUUUUACAAACUUAAUAAUCCAUUUUGUGUUUCCUUGUGUUGUUUGCACUGUACAAUUGUGAAAAAUGACACUUUAGAAAACCACACUUUAGAAUUGAAAGCAGAUGGUGAAUGAUAUCUAACUGAAAUUAAAUUUUACAGUUUAAAACAUUUCAAAAUAAUUAACUCUUUUAUGUGAAAUAUAACUUUAAGUUAGCAGAAAAUGACAAAUUUAAUAUUACUGUACAUGCAGAGAAUUGUGUAAAUAUUGAUUUUCUCUGUGUAAAUGUAUAUAUGAUACAUAAAAUGUGCUGGUCCUUCCUUACUGAAACGGUAUGUUUCCUGAGUAGAUGUUGUGAGCUGUUGUAGAGGGAAGAAUCAAAAUGUAUAGUUAAAAGACAUUAAGUUGUAAUAUUGUGUAGUAUUGUUAUAAUGUCAGCUGGAUAGAGUGCAGCAGCAGCAUAGUAAUGUUAUUUUUUAUCUGUAUAGCCACCAAUCCCUCAUCAGAUAUGAUUUCUGCCCGCCCACAUCAACUCAAUAUGUAA